AUGGAAAAGUCUGAACUAGGCAUUACGGAUGCGAGCAAGACUAUUAUCAGGGCGCUGCUUGAGAGCGAACAAAAAUUUCCCAUCGGGACGCCUUUUGAUGAUAACGUCUUCGCGGAUACUUAUCCGAAUCCCGAGGGUACGAAUGAGGCUAGGGUUAUCCAAGAUGUUUCCCGGCUCAUUUUUCCAUCUACCGGAAUGUCACCUAGCCUAUCGAGACUCUUUGCCUUCCGUUCUUUGGCGGGGUUAACCACGAGGAAAAUCCGUGUACUCAGAAGCAGUCUUCUAAGCCGCCAUCUAAAUCGAGUUGAGUACAUAACACAUUUUUCCUGCCCUCACUCGAACCCAUCUCAGGCUCUUAAGAUGAUAUCGUCCCGGUCAGCGCCACAAGACGCCUUCUUGGUGCACGGCUGGCUGGCGCCAUGCUGGGGCUGA